AUGGCCGCUGACAUGGAAGUGAUCGAGGCGUCUCCCGCAGCCCGGGGCAAGCUUCGCAUUGUCGCCAUCAUGACUGCACUCUCCCUGGCAAUGCUUGUUGCUGCGCUAGACCAGACCAUUCUGGCGACGGCUAUCCCGACAAUCGCAGCCAAGUUGCACUCUGCGGCGGGUUAUACCUGGAUCGGCGGUGCUUACUUGCUGGCCAAUGCGGCCGGUGCUUGCAUCUGGGCCAAGCUCUCGGAUAUCUGGGGCCGUAAAUUGAUCCUGCUGAUUGCUGUGGCCUGGUUCUUCCUCAGUUCCAUACUCUGCGCGGUUGCAGUCAAUAUGGAGAUGUUGAUUGCUGGUCGUGCGUUGCAGGGUAUUGCUGGUGGUGGACUGCUGCAGCUCAUCACGAUCAUCAUCUCGGAUCUUUUCAGUGUUCGACACCGAAGCCUCUACCUUGGACUGAUGGAGUUCAUGUGGGCUUUUGCCGGUGGGAUUGGGCCGCUGAUGGGUGGCGCUUUCUCGCAGUAUGUCUCCUGGAGGUGGAACUUUUGGAUUAAUGUACCUGUCUCCGGGUUGACCUUCAUCCUCUUGCUGUUCUUCUUGGAUGUGCACAACCCCAAGACUAAAAUCAUGGACGGUGUCAGAGCCAUUGAUUGGUUUGGCAGCCUGUCUAUUCUCGGCCUCACAUUGAUGCUUCUCCUUGGGCUUGAUUUUGGUGGAGAAACAUUUGCCUGGAGCUCACCUCAAGUCAUUUGCCUGAUCAUUUUCGGCUCGUUUUGCUCUCUGCUCUUUAUCUACAGUGAGAAGCGACUUGCGAAAUAUCCCCUGAUGCCCCUCAAUCUCUUCUCCCGGCUAUCUAACGUUGCCAUUCUGGGCGUAACCUUUGCGCAUGGAUUCGUUUUCAUUGCGGGCGAAUAUUAUAUGCCUCUCUACCUGCAAUCCGUGAAGCUAGCAUCUCCUAUGCGGUCGGGUGUUUUGAUUCUCCCGCUCCCUCUCGCCGAGGCCUUCUCGGGCAUUGCCACUGGUGCAAUCAUCCACAGGACCGGUAGAUACCUGGAACUGAUCUGGAUCGGUAUGCUCCUGAUGACAAUUGGGAACGGGCUGUACAUCCACCUUGACGUGGACUCCUCGCUGGGAGAGAUUGUUGGGUACCAGCUCCUCAGCGGCAUUGGCGCCGGCUUCCUCUUCCAAACACCCAUCAUUGCCAUCCAAGCUAUGGUUUCCCAAGAUGACACAGCGACAGCGACAGCCACCCUGGGCUUCAUUCGCAACAUGGCCACCGCCUCGUCGAUCGUUCUUGGCGGUGUUGUUUUCCAGAACAGUAUGGGCAAGAUGAAGCCUAGCCUGUUGGCAACAGGUAUGUCGGAGAGCUUGGCUGACCGUAUGACGGGCAACUCUGCGGCCGCGAAUAUUGAGUACAUUGGCCAAAUCAGGAACACGACGCAGCUUUUAGCAGUGAAAGAGGCUUUUGCGUGGAGCCUGAGGAAUAUGUGGAUUUUGUAUACCUGCAUGUCUGCCGUUGGUCUUUUCCUUUCAGCCUUUAUUUUGAAGGCCCGCUUGAACAAGGAGCAUGUGGAGACAGUGACUGGACUUAACCAGGAAAAGAGGACAGUCGUUCAGGAUAUACAGCCUGUUGCCAUCUGA